UAAAGAUUUAUAUAUAUGUAUACACAGCUGGUUAGCAAAACAUCAGUAGGACAAUUGACAGCAAGUAGUUUUGAAAAAUACUUUUUGUGUGAAAUGCUUCCUGUUGUAAAAUUAUAUUCACAAAACACGAAUAAUAAAUAAAAUAAAAAAGGAGCCCUUCGAAAGCUCAAGUAUCCAUUAGUGCGGAGUAUUUAACUUGCAAGGAAAAAUGGUGUCAGUGGGCCAUAACGUUAAUGUAUAAGUGAGGCCGACACUAAACCGCCCUUGUUUUGAACAUCAGCCCGCUCAGGGCGAGGGGGGGGGGGAAGACUCGGAGACAGGAUUUAUAUCCAAUUUGUGUUCCUAAAUCGGCCAUUUCGUAAAUAUCACGGCAAUACAAGUAACGUGGAGGUGCGAGCCACUUUUCCAGCCAUUUGUUACGCCGUCGUUAUGGAGUUCGGUAGAUUUAGUGCCCGACUGUCGCUGCUCCGGACUGAGUGCGAUGCGGCCAGAGCCCUGCCAAGUUGGAUUUGAGUGGGGUUUGGCAAUACAUGACUCAAUAAUGUUUACGGAUUUUGUCACCAGUGUUUGAAUACUAGCGGUAAGGUAAUUGAGUAUACAGCCAAAUUGACCACCACAAUAAACUUCAAUUUAUUCUAUAAGUUCCGUAGUUCGUGUCUCGCCGGCUCGCUGGUGCCGGCUUCAGAUGUUUGCAAUAGACUGCCUUUGUCGAGCCAUUGUUAAAAGUUGUUGACUUUUUCGUCUUGUGUGCGAACAUCGGCUGUCGCAUCGAGUCGUACGAGAGCUGCCUGCUGACCACUCAGGCCGACUGUGUUGUUUGCUUUUAUACUUUUACACUCUGCAAUCACAAACGUAAGAUACAUACUCGUCAAAUCAGUGCGCGCUAACAAUUGGCAUAAUGGCAUGUGACUGUGUAUCGUUUAGUAUCAGGCUGGUGCCAGACGGACUGGGCCCUACUUAUUAGAGCAAUGAUUCAAUUGAGCCCGGCUUUGUGUGGCACUGACCACCGCCUGUCAGCUGACACUCGUGUGCGAUGUAGGUCAAGAGCUGCCCGCCGCCGAGAUCACGAUAACUGUCGCCGAUGUCACCAUGUUACUUACUUUACAACUUUUUACCGGGGAUCAGUCCGUUAUUCAAGCAACUUCUUACUAAGCUGUAAACAACAUGAACACAAUCUACUCUGACGACAAACACGUUGCGCUUGUCGCACUGACUAACUUAACACUAUGUACUUAUUUGCUAUAAACUAACCGAACGCGUUAUAUUUAGAGAGCCAUCUGCACGGCAGUGGACACUGCAUCUCAAUUAAGCUCAACAUAACGGUAACAGAUACUAGUAUAGUGCAAACAGUGGCCCUCCCAUGACGAGAGCGUCCCCGACUCAGUCGACACUAGCGUAUGGCAGGCCGUCCGGGGUCGUACUUAGCUGGAUCAUACAGUUACUGACUAACAUAUUUCUGGAGCUUGCAUUCAGAGAUCGGGGGCGGGCCACGCUGCGUCUUGUGACGCCUCUCCAUUAUAAUGUUGUGGGACACAGGUCGGCACUCCCUCGCCAGCAGACGCUCUUCACUGGUACAACGCUCGGGAGAGUUCCUACAUUUGCAUUCUGCUCGUUCAACACUGUACGGAAAUUGCUUUUCCGUCGGCGUGCAAAGUAUUGGCGAAGCGAAUGCAUAAUACAUGUCCUGGAGCUGCACUAGCGCGGCACCCGGCACCGCUCGCCUCCGCCACACUGAACUCAUACAAAGUUAUCCACUCAAAUUAGUCAAAGCUCCCCACAAUGCUAAAUAUAUUCUAGAAUUUUCUUAAUAGGAUUUGUUUCAUGAAACUUUUGGCGAUGAUUUGGCGAUUAGGGCGAUGACAAGCGCGGAGAGGGGGGAGGGCACGGAACAAAGAUGUGGCGGGAUUCACGUAAUUAAAGAAAGAUUAAAAAAGGACACGGAGGGAGCCCGCACAAACUUGUGACGACAAGUCAAAAUUGAAAAUUGUUUUUCUUGUUAUAAAUUAUAAACUGUCUAAGAGUUCUCGAACGAUCUGUUCACUUAGUGAAGCUGUCACAUUCAUAAAGUCUCGUUAAAACACACCUGUAUAGAGCCAACUGGGAAUUCAGUAAAUUGAUUUUCGCUAUGAAAUUAGUAUAAGUAGGUCAACUGUUAAUUAUUGGCAAAAGCACAUUUUUCUUUAAACGCACACUUCAUAGUCACAGCUAUUAGUACAGCCCUGUGUGAAGCGAUCACUUAACAUUCCCGCGGACCGAGCACAUUACUAGCCGCGCGUGAUUUGUUUAGACGCGCGCUCGCAUCACUCGGGGAGACACGUUAAUUAGAUGUGACAGGAGCUGUCAGUGCCAGUGUUGGUGUCAUGCUCUGAUUUAUGUAAAGUAAAUAAGCUUCGAAAAAUAGAAUACCCUUAAUGAUGGUUGACAUUCAAUAAAGAAACUUCAUAAGGAGUUUCAUUAGAAUAACAGCAGAAAUGGAAACAUUACAUAGUAUCAUUACAACGACUGAAGAAGCUCCCGAUACUAAUGUAAAGCACCAUGAUUAGCUGUCAUCAAGUCAAUCUCAGAGUACACAUUAGUUGUGGCCGCGGCCCUUUUCAUGUUCACUGGUUCGACUUAUUAAUAAACUUCCCGCCUUACAUCUGAAACGAUUCUUUUGGGAGCCGGCCGCAUGUGUUGGCCCUGCUACAUACUGCGCCCUGAUUGGCUGACUCAUGCGCUACUCUCGGCACUUUUGUUUUCGCUCUUCUAAAUAUGGAUUGUAUCAAGUUCAUAACAUAGACGAGUGCCAGCGAAUGUGAUGGGAGAUGCCCGGCACGCGAGCGCUGCUCUUGUCUCAUGUCAAUAUAGUUUAAUAAACAGAUAUUAUACAUAACUAAAUGACUCAAUUCAUGAUGUCGGCGAACACAGCACACAGCACACCACGUACGAGCAGAGUGUGUCGGCUCGCAAGUAUUGCCGCGCACUACACCGAUGUUACAGAUAGACACUGUGAACAUUACUUAUCGGUUUCGGUUACAGAUAAUUUCUUAUUUCAUAUAUCUGAUAGCAUCGGCUUCUGUUACGGAGCUCUAUAACGCCUCUCACACGUACUUCAAACAAAAGACCUCCCAACUGCCACCUCCAGUUUGUUUGUAUGUUUGCGCUCGUCAUCAAACUUAAACAAUGCUCUCGAAGGUAAAGGUUCAGUUCCGUGUGGAUUCAUACGCGUGCGCUUAUUAAAAUUAAUUACAGUGAGUGUGUGACACACACGGCGGUCGCGUAAUGAGCCGCACGUUAUGCAGGCGCCGGCUCUCCGCCCCGGGGGUCAGCACCGACGCAGGACUUGUUCCCAACCGAUAUCUGCUAAACGCCGGUACUGUAUACUUGUGGAUGUUUGGUGACACCGGCUCGUGUCGGUGCGCCGCGCGCCGGGCAGCGGGCGAUAUAAUCUGCUGCGCCGAGGAGCAGGCACGCGCGACCCCACACUGUUGCAUAGGCACUCUAUAACUACGAUAAGUACUAUUACGAAAUCAAUCAAAUAUUUUGAGCAAAAUGUUCGACGAGCCAAAUCGGCGAUAUUACAAUUAACAUACUUACUUUCGCAUUUUUAAUACAAGUUUACCCACACUUGUUAUCUACAUUCAUGGCAAACCAAUAUAGAUGAUUCUGGUUAGAAUUCACGAACUCAUAAGCUACUCCACCCUCCAGUCAAUAAGGGCACGCCAUACAUUAAGUGCCUGCGACGUAUACAUUCCUGCACGUACAUUAGGUGCGGAGUGCCUCAGCCGCUGAUUGCGCGCGGGUUCCCGAGAGCAUUCCUUAAAAGCUUCAUCGACGCGGCGUAAUGUACGCGCCAGGCAUUACCCUGCCUCCAGCUCCGAGUAGCGUAUCAGCGUUGGCGUCACUGUACAGGCCUCUUCAAAAGGUCCACUGAAGAAGGCUAACACAAACUUGUUAACUUAAGGACUCAGAGCACCCACCGCACUGACUCAUAUGUUCUAACGUAUAUACGUGACCUGUCACCAGCACCCGAGCCCCUUGACCAGUUUCCGAGGGCUGACGUCACAGGUCGCGCCUGUAGCACUUUAUCUCCUGAUCAUUUUAGAGUAAAACUUUCCGACAGAUUUAGUUGUUACUUUGAAGAACUUAUACAAUUACGUAACUCUGACUAAAGUUAAAAUACGAAUUGGAUGAACGACUUAUUUCUGGCUUUGUUAUGGCACAAAGAUUCAGAUCACGCUAGAGAAAAUACGCGCUCUAGCGAACAGGCGGAAACCGAGAAAUAAUUAGCAUUGGCAUAAUAUAACGUCGCAUCGAGUGUAUGUCGAUACAUUGUGGUCGCUGCUGCAAACUAUGGCUGCUCGAUGCUGUACUGGUGUCGGUUGCGUCGACGACAACCUAUGCAACUUUUUUACAGACUGAAUAUAUAUACACGUAUACUCAUUUUUAGAAAACAAAACUAUGUUGCAUAAGGGGUCAGGAUAUUGGAUAUAGUAUGAGCACAGUGAGCGGCUACAAACCUGGCACUACAUGAGGAGACGCCCCUAGAGUCGCGACUGCAGUUGUAUUUACAGCUACCUGUAUGGUCGGUAAAGGGGUUGACCGCUGUCUAUCAACAACCCUAACUUGACCUAGCAACCUAGCCCUAUUUAUAUUGUAAUACAUAGUGUACAUAAAGACCAUAUUACAAUUACGUAUAUUAAACUAUACAUGCGUGAGUAUGCAAGGUAAAUUAACGCACUUGUGUGAAACAAUUUAUACAGUCCAAUGACUUUGUGAAAAUAACCAGCGGUCACUAAUCCGCUGCGUCACAUCCUCUCCGAAGGGCGUGUGAACAGCACCUUAAUAAUUACAAUAAGACUGCAGCAUUUAUUUAUAGGUAAUUCUCAAAGCCACCUGUUGGUAUAACUAAACCCAUUCGUUUCUUUCGUUAAUACCCCCCUUGUUCCUAUUCUUACGUGAGGCAUAAUAGUAAACAAACUGACGUCACAACGUGAGGAUACAAUUCAGUGUGUGAAGAGUUACCCUGUUAUCGUAUGUAGGAUAGUGCAAAUAGUUACUAUAUCAGCUUCGAGUAUGGAAGAAACACAUUUUAAUAAGUUUACUGACUUAAACAUAUGUAACGUGCUCUGUCAAUAUAUUUUACAAAUGUUUUAGUUCUCGACUGAGCAAACCGUUUCUCCUCUUAUUUCAGAGGCCGCCAGCACUCAUCACCGCUCCGCUCCGCGCGCCCUCCCCGCACGCGCGCACUCCGCUCCGCGCGACCAUGAGGUGAUGGCGGCGCCGCCUUGAGUCCGGCGCGCAGACAGCGCCAUGGACGACCCCGAGCGCAUCGCGCGCGAGGCCGCCGCCUGCCAGGCCGCCAACAACGGCUCCGCGCCCGCCGCGGGUCUCUACUGCGAGGGCACCUUCGACUCGUGGCUGUGCUGGCCGCACACGCCCGCCAACACCACCGUCUACCGGCCCUGCCCCGAGUUCGUGCCCGGCUUUAGUCCAGAAUUGUUGGCGCACAAGGAGUGCACAGCCAACGGCACGUGGUGGCUGCACCCGGCGACCGGCCGGCCCUGGUCCAACUACACCACCUGCAUCAAGCCCGAGGAUGACGUGAGCGACAUCAUCGCGGUGUACGAGACCGGCUACAGCGUGUCGCUCGUGGCGCUGUUGCUGUCGCUCGGCAUCCUGUGCUACUUCAAGUCGCUCCGCUGUGCGCGCAUCACGGUGCACAUGAACCUGUUCUUGUCGUUCGCGGUGAACAACUCGCUGUGGCUGCUGUGGUACGGGCUGGUCGUGCGCUCGCCCGAAACUCUCACUGAGUCGCCGGUGUGGUGCCGCGCGCUCAACGCCGUGCUGCAGUACGCGCUGCUCACCAACUACACGUGGAUGCUGUGCGAGGGCCUGUACCUACACACCGUGCUGGUGAGCGCCUUCGUGUCCGAGCGGCGCCUUUUGCGAGCGCUGCUGGCGCUGGGCUGGCUGCUGCCGCUCACGUCGGCCGCCGUGUACACGGGGCGCCGCGCCGCGGGCGACGAGCCCAUGUGCUGGAUGGACGAGGGCUCGCCGCGGCCCGAGCUGGCCGUGCUAGCAUGCGGCGCCGUAUUGCUCAACGUGGGCUUCCUGUGCAACAUCGUGCGCGUGCUGUGCACCAAGCUGCGCGGCGGCAGCGUGGGCGGCGCGGGCGGCCCGGCGCGGCCCUCGGCCACCGCGCUGCACGCGCUGCGCGCUACCUGCCUGCUGGCGCCGCUGCUGGGGCUGCAGUACCUGCUCAUGCCGUUCCGGCCCGACCACACGGCGUCGUGGUGGCUCGCCUACGAGUACGUGUCGGCGCUCACCACGUCGCUGCAGGGGCUGUGCGUGGCCGUGCUGUACUGUUUCUGCAACGGCGAGGUGCUGGCGCAGCUGCGGCGGCGCUGGCGCGUGCUGACGUUCCGGGCACGCGCCAACUCGGCCACGGCGACCACGGUGUCGGUGAGUAUGUGCGGCGCGGGCGGCCGCCGCUCCACCGUCACCACGUCCGCCUCACCCCCGCGCGUGUUGCAGUUCGUGCGCUCGAGCGCGCCCGCCGGCGGCGAGGACAAGGUGUGA